AUGAAAUUUUUCAUAUUAGAUUUAGGAACUGGUUUUAAUGUAAAUCAACAUUAUUUUUCAUUUACAAUAAAUGCUUGUUUUCCUAUUUGUAUUAGAUAUGGUUGUUUAUCACAACAAAUUAUAUUCGGAGCAUCAUUUUCAAUGGGAUAUCAAGAAGAUUUAGAUAAUUUACUUUUUACAUCACCUGUCGCAUUCGGUUUUUCGAUCAAUGAAGAUUUUCAACAACAAGAAAAAGACAAACAAUUAUAUGUUAAUUUUCAUACAUUAGAAUUUCUUGUUUAUGAACGUAUUCUAACAGAUAAUAAUCCAACAAUAUUUAUACAUGAUUUCGAAAUUCUAUUUAUUUAA